CAAAUCUCCUCUCCCCUCUACAUAAGCCGCACUCUUUGCUAUUCAUUUCUUUCAUACUCUCUGGUAAGAGAGAGAAACACAAAGCAAAGAGUGCGUGUAUUAUCUAUCUAUUUCUUCCGUCUGAAUCUUCAACCAAGAUGAACCCUUUUAACAAAAUCAAGAAAUCCCAGCUUUGAUUUGCAUACAUUCUUUGAGUUUUUCUCAAAAUCUCAGUUAAUUUUUUUGGUUUUAGAGUUUGUUUUCCUAGGGUUUGUGGAAAUGACACCCAGUCUUGAUUUUGCUGUAUCAAGGUUACUGUGUGCAGAAGACAAUGAUAGCAUUUGUUAUGACGAUGAUAAUGGUGAUGUGGAUGAUUUUAUGGGUUUUGGUCGGAACAUUUAUCCAAAUGAAGAACAGUAUCAAAGUUUGAUUAGGAAUCAUGAAAUAGACUACUCUGUUCUUGAUUUGCCUUUGCAAAAUGAUGAGUGUUUGGCUUUGUUGAUUGUGAAAGAAUCUGAACAAUGUGUGGGUGUUAUGGAUUAUCUGAAUAAAUUGAAGAAUCAAAACCUGUAUUUGGUUGCAAGACAAGAGGCUGUUGAUUGGAUUUCAAAGGUUCAUGCCCAAUUCAACUUUGGACCAUUAUGUGCAUAUCUUUCUGUAAACUACUUGGACAGAUUUCUUGCUGUCUAUGAAUUACCUAAGCACAAUCCUUGGAUGAUGCAAUUGCUAGCUGUUACAUGUUUAUCACUUGCAGCAAAAAUGGAGGAGACCGAAACACCCCCGAUUGUGGAUUUUCAGGCUGGUGAAUCAAGAUUUGUUUUUGAACCAAAGACAAUCCAAAGAAUGGAAUUGGUUGUGUUGAGCACAUUGAAAUGGAGGAUGCAAUCAGUAACUCCAUUUUCUUUCAUUGAUUCAUUCAUUGGGAAGCUUGAUGGUGUUCAAAGUCAGAUCGAUCCAAGAUUUCUGAUCUUGAAGUCCACCCAACUGAUAUUAAGUUUGAUCAAAGGGAUUGAUUUCUUGGAAUUUCAACCAUCUGAGAUAGCAGCAGCAGUGGCGAUUUCUGUAGUUGGAAUUGGAUUUGAAAAGACAAACGUUUCUGCAAUCUUUGAGCAUGCAAAGAAGGAAAGGGUUCUUAAAUGUAUGGAGGUUGUGAGCAGGGGUUGUACCAUGAGCUUUGGGAGUGGUACAAUGACAUCAUUGCCUGAAAGCCCAAUAGGUGUGCUUGAGGCUGCAAUUUUGAGUUAUAAGAAUGAUGAUUCACCUACUUGUUCUAAAAGGAGGAGGCUCAGCAACAUUAUCCCUUGAAAAAAAAAUCUUGGAAUUAUUUUUUAAUUGUUGGUAGUAUGAUUGUGAAAUGUCAAAACUACCCGUCAAAAACUACAAAAAAAUAUAUACAAGAAUAAAUUAUGAGGGGUAGUAGGAUGGUAGAAAAGAGUUAUGAGCUCUUUAUUUAUGAGAACUCUUUUAAGGCAAGGAGAACAGAUGAGGAAAAAUAUAAAAAUGGAAAUAUAUACAUUAAAUUUUGUUUUUUUUAACA